CCCUCCUCCUCCUCCUCCUAAAAUGCUCCAUCUCCUCCUCCUCCCAUCUCUCCGACGAAGAUCCCCACCAGCAUGCCCUCUCCCCACACCUCCUCCUCCUCCUCCUCUUCCUCUAGAUCUCUCCACCCUUGCAAACACUCCCCUUCCGCAACCCUCGACCUCCUAAUCCUCCUCCUCGUCCUCUUCUCCGCCACUUUCCUCCUCUCCUCCUACUUCUCCUACCUCUUCCACUCCUUCUCCCUCCUCUCCUCCCACUUCCCUCCCCUCCUCCUCGAUCUCUCCUCCAUCCCCCCCGCCUCCUACCUCCUCGCCUUCGCCGUCUUCUUCGCCGCCUCCAUCGCCUUCCUCGACCUCUGCUGCGGCCCCAGAUCGAGGAGGUGCCGGAACCCCAAGUGUAAGGGGCUGAAGAAGGCGAUGGAGUUUGAUCUGCAGAUACAGAACGAGGAUUGCGUUAGAUCGGGAGGGAGUAAGGAGAUUGAUAGGUUGCCGUGGAAAGGAGGGAGUGAAGGGAAUCCUGAUUAUGAGUGUUUGAGGGCGGAGUUGAGGAGGAUGGCUCCGGUUAAUGGUCGUGCUGUUUUGCUUUUUCGAUCUAGGUGUGGUUGUCCUGUUGCUAAGCUUCAAGGGUGGGGACCUAAACGUGGCCGGCGUCAUAAAAAAUCGCAAGCAAACUUGGCUUUAAAAGGAGGGAUAGACAAGCGCUGAUCAAGAUCGAUGAGAACUCUUUCAAUCUAUCAUUUAUAGAUGUUAUCACAUUCAAUGUUUGCAGAGUUCAUCUUGGAAACUAAAGAAAAUCCACACAUCUUCUUUUACCUUAGAGAUGUCCCAGUAUUACGAUUUGAACACUUUUUAACUCUUUAUUAAAUACAUACCAUGGCAAACUAAAGGAGAGGCUAUCUAAUUGCGAAUAUUGGUUGAUGUGAAUCUUUUCUUGUUAAUUUGAUAAUUAGACUCCUUCCGG